AUGGUUGAAGCCCCAUCGAUUCCCGCUUCUUGGGGCGUGGAUGUAAUGCCUUGUGUGUUCCAGGCGCCGCCGCCGCUCCCGCAGCGGCCGCCCGCGGUCCCUCAACGCACGCGCCUGGGCCCCCCGCCCCCGCUGCCGCCCCCGCAGCGCCCGCCCGCCCCGCCCCUGCCCCGCUCUCGCCGCCCGCCCGACCGCCCCCGGCGCCCGCCCCGCGCCCGCCCCGCCGCCCCGCCCCCCCUCAGCCCACCGCCCCUACCCCCAGUCCCCCGCCCCGCCAACUCCAAGAUGUCGGCGCGCCAGGGCUCGAACGUCUUCCAACGACAGCUUCAGCCAGAACUCGUCGCCCAGCUACACCAGCAAGACGAUGGAGCGCCGCUGCUGCCGCCCCCGGGCGAAGGGCCAGGGCGAAGGGGCGCGGGCCGGGCGGCGCGGGCCCCCGGGGCGCAUCAAGGGCGGCGGGGCGGCGGCCGGGGCGGGGGCGGCGCGGACGGCGCGGCGCGGUGGCGGCGGCAGCGCGGCGGCGGCGGGCGUCGCCAACGGCAGCGCCCUGCUCACCAAGAGCGCCUCCACCCCGGCGUCGCUGCAGGCCAUCGUGCGCUUCCACCACGGCUCCAACAUGUCGCUGCACCACCGGCACGAUCAAGCAUCAUCCGCGACAUGCGCCGCCCGUCCGCGCACUACAUCACGCGCGGCCGCCUGCGCUUCCGCUUCGCGCAGGUGCUCGUCAACGCCCUCGCGCUGCUCGCCAUCGCCGGCGGCCUCGCAGCCUACUUCAGAGCUGCCGACACAGAGCAAGGAGACGGUUUCACUGAGGCGAUGUUUUUGAGUCAGCACUCAAGCUUUUCGACAGACAGCCUCGACACAAAUGUUACAUUCGCAUUUCGUUUGAGAAAGCGCACCACUAAAGCAAUGAUACAAAUUACUAACCAAGACAAAACCUUCUGGAUGACUGCAUCCCUAGCUCGCACUUGCAUAGCCGAUGUUUUCCGAACGAUGGCUGUGCUGCGCGUGAGGAGUCGCCGAGAGCGCCUGUCACCUGAGCCAAAAUGGCGUCUGCCUCUGUUCGCAGCGUACCCGUCGACGGUGCGCUACGUCAACAGCAGCGCGCCCGCCACGGCGCCGCCCCCGCCCCCGGAGAACCCCGCCCCCGGAAUCUGCCUACCUGUGAUUGUCAGUUUCUGUCACUACCAUCGUGUUCCAUACAACUUUACUAUGUUUCCUAACUUCAUGGGGCACUUUACACAACGUGAUGCGCAACAGGAACUGGAGGUGUACGACGCCGUGGUGGACGUGCGCUGCUACGAGCUGGCGGCGCUCUUCCUCUGCACUGUCUUCGUGCCCAAGUGCGGCCCCCAGGGCCAGCUGGUGCGCCCCUGCCGCAGCCUCUGCUUUGAGACGAAGCGGCGCUGCGGCUUCUUCCUGGAGGUGUUCAGCCUGACGCUGCCCGAGUACCUGGAGUGCGACCUCUUCCCCGACUCGCCCGACGCCGACGUGUGCGUGGGUCACCACGAGGUGCAGCAGGCCGAGCUGCGCGCGCACAAGCCCAGGAUGAUCCACUGCGGGGAGCAGCGCUGCAUGUCGCAGUCGCACGUGUGCGACGGCGCCGUGCACUGUCCCUGGGAGCAGGACGAGCGCAACUGCAUUCGCCUGAGCGAGCGCCAGGGAGACGAGGGCUACGGAACCCUCGAGUUGUACCACCCGGAGACGAAGGGCUGGCAACCUGCCUGCGUGGAGAGCGGCGUUCGAGAAAUUACCCCGUUGGCAAUCUGCAACUUUCUGGGUUACGCAAACAGCAACUCCACUGUAAAACUCGGGAGCAGCGAUACUGCCCUCGUCUCUACAAACAAAAGAAAUCAUCAAUUGAAGAAAAGUACUCUGCUCAAAGAACUUCGCAACUGCCCUGCGAACGAGCUCCCUCCAAUGGAACUGUCCUGUACUAAUUUCGUGUGCGGGCGGGGCCGCGGGCGCAGCGCCGACCGGGCGGCGCCGCGCAUCGUGGGCGGCGUGGAGGCGACGCCGGGCGACUGGCCCUUCCUGGCCGCGCUGCUGGGCGGCCCCGAGGAGGUCUUCUACUGCGCCGGCGUGCUCAUCGCCGACCAGUGGGUGCUCACCGCCUCCCACUGCGUUGGCAAGUGA